UGAUCAUUGAAGACUCGAAGAAUCUCAGACUGACUGUUAACCCGUCAAUGAUCGUUUCGUUUGUGGAAAAAAAAAAGUAAAAAAUAUUUAUAAAUCUCUAUACGCGUAUUGUAAUAUUAUACUGUUCUAGAAUUACGAGUCUGAUCGUCAAAACAUCCAACGACAUCGAGUUUCUUUUACCAAAUAAAUAAUAAUUCAAAUCUGAAUUUGUUUCGUUUAACGUAGUCAUAGAAACAUACAGACUGGCGGGACAGUGAAUUCAAAUUUAACUUCAAACUUUUAAGUCAUUGUUUGUCAAUUAUUAUGUAGUAACAUUUAUACAAUUAUUAUUUGAUUUAACGAACGCACGUCAUUGUUUUUCAACAAAGUUCAUCAUGUUUUUAUAUUAUUUUUAUUUCGUUUUCCUAUACUCGUUGUCAAUAUGCCGCGAGCUAGGUGAGUAAUAUUUUGUCGUAUUCAAACAUAUAUCAUAGUUACCUACUUAUAGGUUUAUGUACGAUAACGUUCUGUUACAGAAUCAUCUGACAUAGUGAUUACGAUUCUGAGUCAAAACAACGAUUACCAUGCGGAGCGAGCAAAAAUUUUAAAAAAUAAUAUUUUAAAACAAACUAGGUCAAAUACAGUUAGUAUAUCCACAUAAUUAAUUGCAUAUUAAAUUAUAAUUUUAUAAUGACAGAUAUGUUUUGAAUUUAUUGUAUUUAGAACUCCCGAUUAGGUGGAGUUUACAUGCUUCAUGAACAAUUUCCCGGGACUGGAAGUUGGACAAUUCUUCCAAUUGCAAAAUCGUAAUAUUCAAAUUAUUUAUAGUUAUAAAUUAGUUACUCAAUAUAAUUUAUUUUAAAAUGUUUAGGUUGUAUCACAAUAAUAUACACUCAAAGUGGUUUUUGUUUUGUGAAGAAAAUUCUUAUGUGAAUUACAAUAAUCUAUUAAAUUUUUUAAAAGAUAGAAACUCAAGUGAAGUAAGCAUUUAAUAUUUUUACAAUAAUUUAAAAAUGAUUCAUAUUUAAUCAAAUAGUUCAAAUAUGACUUACUCUUAUUUAACACCUUAAUCACAUUGUUAAACAUAAUCUAUAUAACAUUUAAUCCCAAAAUAAAAAAAUAGUAUAUUGAUUGAUACUCAUGAACCCACUGUUUAAGGUUAGAAGUUGGAAAGGUAGGAUAAAUGGGGUGAUUACAUUUCUAUACUAUCUAUAUAUAACAAAAAAUAGUUAAUACAUUUAAAUUUAACAUUGUAUUAAUUAAUAAUUACAAUUUUUUAGAUUUUUCCAAUAGCUUAAUUUUUUGGUUUUCCUCUAUUAAGGAAAUCUCGAAAGAAUAUUAAACAAUUAUAUUCCUAAUUCUCCAAUUAGAUAAUAUUUCCUGCUCACUCCAGAGACCACUUCUGAAGUUGAUUGAAGCAAGUCUUUUGGUUAGAAACUUAUUUAAAAACAGAUUAAAAACCACAAAUCGUAGUAAAAUUAAUGUAUUCCUUGUUUUGCUCAAAAUUUGAAAUAUCUAAUUUGUUUUUAAAAUGUUCAGUCUGUGUGGAUGGGAUAUGGUGUAAAAGAUAAACAUCCAACAAUAAUUCACCAUUAUGCAUUUGAAGAAGAUGAGAAAAAAAGACUUUUAUACCCUUUGUUUGCUGCAGGAUUUCUCAUCUCUGUUGAGUUGUUAAAAAAGUCAGUAUAAAAAUAUCCAAUAAUAUAUUUUGUUUAAAAUGGGUUUUGUAUUUUUUAAUGUUUUCCUAGUAUAGUUGAUAAAAAUGUAGCAGCUAUUGAUUCAAGUUUUGCAAUCGAUGCAUCAUACGAAUUGGCAUUAGCAGUUGAUCAAAAAAUUGAACAUCUACCUUUAAAAUUUUGUUUGAAACUAUCUCCUGAUUGUAUAGUUCAUCCUUUGUCUGAAAGAAGUGAAUGUGUAAGAAAUAUCUUUAAUUUAGAUAUUAAAAAUCCUAAUAAUAUAUAUUUUUUAUUCAAGACUCGUUAUGGAAAAGUGACAAAAGAUUCAAUAUAUUUUGCUGUAAAAACUUGUAGUAAAUAUCACUUGGAUAGGGUGCCAGUAUUACAAUCUACUUGGGGCCGAGACACUCUACAUAUUGAAUACUUUAGUGAUAAAUUUGGUAAUUUAUACCAUAAGUAAAUGUUUUUAAAUAAUUUCAAAACAAAUUAUAUUUUUUUUAUUUUAGAGGAUACGAUACCAACUACAGUAUUAGAUGUUGUAAAUACUGAAAGAGGACACUGUUUAAAGACAAUUACAAUUUUUAAAUAUUUAUCAAAAAAACUGUUAUCAAAUAAAGCAAUCAAAUGGAUUGCUUUAGUGGAUGAUGAUACUCUUUUGAGGUAAUUACAGUUUAAUUAAAAAUCUAUAAUAUAAAUAAUAAAUAAUAUUACAUUUGUAAACAUUUAGUGUUCCUCGAUUAGCAUCUAUACUGAGUUGUUGGAAUGGCCAACAAAUUGCACUUGGACAAAGGUAUGGGUACAACGUUAGAGAAGAUCAGUCUUCAGGAUACAAUUAUUUAACAGGUGGAGGGGGUAUUAUAUUCAGUGUAGCUUUGGUUCAUAAGUUGACUACAUGUCAAUGUUAUGCGCCUAAUGCACCUGAUGAUAUGGUGUUGGGCAUGUGUUUAAAAGGUUUAAAUGCUACUGUGGUUCACUCUCCAGUUUUUCAUCAAGUUCAGUAACACUUAAAUGUAGAUAUUAUUAUGUAUAUUACAUACUAUUAAAUCAUUUACAGGCCAGACCACAAGAUUAUGCUGAUGAAUAUUUGGAAUCUUAUCCAAUAGUUUCUUUUCAUAAACAUUGGAUGAUCGAUCCUAUAGAAGUAUACCGUCAUUGGCUUUAUCAAGAUUCUUCUUUUGGACACGAUGAACUUUAAAGUAUGCUAUAUUUUAUACUUUACAUUUACUUGACAUAAUAACAACAACAAUUUUUAACAUUUUCAGUAAAAUAGCAUAUAUUAUAGACCUUUAUUAAAAUAUAUAUAUAUAUAUAUAUUUUGUUUCAGAAUACUUAAUUUUUGAUUUUUUAACUUCACCAUAUCUUAAUAAUUAUAAUUUUGAACGCAUUGCUAUCUCAGACCACCAACUAGGUCUUUCAAAUGUUGAUUUAUCUUCAAAUAAUAGUUUCUUCAAAUUAUCAUACACCUAAACAAUACCAAUAUAAAAUUAUAAAAUUCUUCAAAAUUGAAGAUUUCAAUUUUAAAAAUAAAACAAUAUAUUUGUAUUCAUUAAUAAUUAAGUCAAAUUAUAAGAGAUGUUUUAUAAUAACUCUAAUUGUAUUAUUAAUAUCACCCAGUACAAUAUAUUGAAUUUAAAAUGAUGAAGUAUAUUCAUUAUUUGAUUAUUAUUUACUUAAAUUAAUACUUUUUAUACUUUUUUAGAAUAAAGAUACUUAUUUGUAAAUAAAUUUACCUUUCCAUUUGAUGAGGCGAUCACUGAGUUUAGUAUAAAAUCUGGAGGUGCUAAAGCAUCAGAAAGUGUCACUGCUUCAUCCUUAAGACUCAAACAUAAAUUUAUUAUGGAUUUUUUAACCAUUACAGAUGCCAAUGGUCCAUUCACAUAUCCACCUUUUAAAAAAGCAAAUAAUUACUAUUAUAUAAAAUCUUUAAAAGUUUUAUUAGUGCUGUAAAUUAAAAAUUGUAUAAUUAACAAGCUUGAUAUAGACACUUUUAAAAUACAAUUAUUCAUACUAAAUAUAAUAAUAUAUAUAUGUACCUUCAUAAAUGAUUGAUAAAUGUUUUUCAAUUAGCCAAAGUCCAUAAAGUGAAGCAAGUUUAUGUAAAACUAAUUGAUGUGGGCCAUCUAAAUCUGGAGAUGAUAAGGUUUCGAUAAAAUUCUUUAAAAUGAGAUACUGUAAAAAAAAAAUAUUACAAAAUUAUGUCUUAAAAAAGUAACAUAGAUUAGCAUAGUUACUUCGGCAAAUACAAUCGAUAGGUCUCUAGCAAAAAACAUCUGUGAGUCGUUUUUUGCUGUGAAUUCGUCUUUUUUUUGAUGUUUUAACAGUUGUAAUUGUGUAUAUGUCUGUCGUAAUAGGUAACAAAUCAACCAUUGAAAACAGGAUAAUAAAUCUUGAAACAAUCCAAAUUAAAAUUGUUAACAAUAAUCAAUUAUAGUAUGUAAAUAUUUAAAUUAAGUGCUUACCUUUAUGAGUAAAAUUUUCAUAUGGUUUAGGUAAUUUAAAUUGUUCGUUUAAUAUACUUUCAGCAUCUUUAAGGAAUUCUAUUGUACACAUUGUAGUAUCACAACAAUUUGUAUUUCCAUUCAGUAAAUUUGACCAGAUAUUUAGCAACCAAUUACUUGUUUGUUGUAUCAGUACAUUAUUGUCACCUUCAUAAGUGCAAUUAGCAUCAUUUGCGUUACGAAGUUCACUGAGUCCAGCAGCU